AUGCACUCAAAUAUGAAUCAACUGGAAUCUUAUAUUGUUUCCUUGUGUGGCCUAGCCGUCGGAGGAUUUGUUGCAAUGGGAAUGGAGGAACUUGUUUCCUGUUAUCAUAAAUUUACUGGACCGAACGCUAAAGUCGGUUUACAAACUUUAAAGGAUUUCAACAAUUUGCCAGUUCCACAACACUUCCAAAUUGCAAAGUACUUCGUAGGAUUCGAGGGAAUUGUCAGUAGCCUUGCGAAGACUGGUGGACGGUGGCUGUCUUGUAACACCGUCAUUGGUCCAGGACUUUUCGCUACCUCCCUCGGAUUAUUUGCAUGGAGGAAGUUUAGACAUCAUCGAGACACCCGACAAGAACUGGACGGACUACAAACUACAUGGAAAGAAACUGAACGCGACGUAGAAGAAACGAGUGGCCAUGAUGAAGAACUGACAGCCAGAGACGAACCUUCAACAGCAUCAGUUAUAGAAAGGGAUCUCCAGGUCCAAGACAUGUUGGCUAAUGAAGAGGCAAUGGAAGAGGAGAUCGAAAAUUUGAAAAGAAAAUUAGCAGAGGCCCUUAGUAAUGAGGCAGAUAAAGAGAGACUUUUACAGGCAAACAAAGACGAAGCCUCAAAAUUAAGAAAUCAGUUUGCCUUACAGAUUAAGGACCGCGAAGAUCAAAUAAGAGAUUUGUUAGUGGUAACACACGAAAUGUUGCAGGACAAUGAAUGCAUGGAAGGACAACUAGCCGAAGUAAGAAGUCAGUAUGACGAACAGCUUGCGGAAAGGGAUCACCAGAUCCAUGAUUUGUUAGAUGAAGCAGAGAAAAGGAAUAACGAGAACAAGAAUUUGGAGAACAGACUAGCAGAGGCCCUUAGGAAUAAGGAGGACAUAGAAAGAAAGCUGAAAGAUGAAAACACAGUCUUAAGAAAUGAUUGUGAUAUACAAAGGGAAGAAAAUGAGCUCUUGAAACAGAAAUUAAGGAAGACUGAAGAUGACUUAGAUUUUAUGGAAAAGGCUUUGCGAGCAGAGCAUGCUGCCAAAACCACCAUGGAAAUUCAGUUGCGACAGGACAUCUGGGAAGGCAAUCAACAACUGAAUUUGUGGAUAGAAAAAUACGAGGAAUUAGCUGAGGAAUUCCUAAAUAUUGGAGAAAAGUUGGAAGAAGCAUUACUGGCAAAGGACGAAAAGAUAGAGAGGCUUCAGCAGCAUGUAGACGGUCUUCAAGAAAAACUGCAGGAGAGGGAGAAGGAAUCGGAACAUUUGAUGAUCCAAGGCGAGCAGCUGGAAAAGGAGAUUGAAUGUGAGAGUAAAACAUGGUUGAGCGAAUCAAACAACACAUGCAAUCUGGAGGAGGAAGGGGAUACAGAACAGGCUUGGGAAUUAAGUGCUAAAGAGGAAGCAGAAGACCAGCUGGAAAAGGAGGAAAGUGACAGUGAAACUUGGUCAACAAGUGAUUUAAACAAUAGAUGCGAUCCCGAGGAUGAAGUGGAUACAGAAAAGGCUCGCGAGAAAAGAGCUAAAGAAGAAGCAGAAGAGAUAAUAUGUAUGUUGAUCAAGAAGCUGGAAGACCUGAGGGCUGCGAAACUAUCCACUUUUGAAGACAGGCAUCACAUCGAAGGACACAUCAGGAAGCUGAGGAUGAUGGCGGGAGAUGAAAAGCGAAAGGAGAUGGAGCGAGCCUGGAAAUGCUGUUUGUCCAACAUGGAGGGCAACAUUAAGCAAAAGGAGGAGGAGCAAGAUGAACCACUGCCUCACACGGCGGGUGGCACGAGGCUUCCUCCUGAUUCUUCACCAUUUAUGGACCCUGCAAUACCACUGAAAUUGCAGUUCAGCGACAAAUCAAAGGUGCCUGACACGAAAUUCGAGAAGCUCAAUGAACAACAGAGGGAGAUUCUUAAAAAGGAGAUUGAGGAAUUGAUGGGUACCAAUAAACGUUAUGAGCUUCUCAAAUGCCCUCCCAAUGCUACCAAAGAAGAAAUUUGGUUAGCAUACCAAUCUUUCAUGAAAGAUUGGAUUGAUAAAUAUGGAAGCUUCAACUUUUAUUCCAAGAAGGGUUACCAGGACAUAAAAGAUGUCCUACUUAAUGUGACCAGUUACUACUUGAGUUUGAUUUCUUCGUAUGAAGAUGUGGAAGUAAUGACACAACUGAUGGAUGACCACUUGAUGACAGUACCUCAGGUGUGGGGUGCCAUGAAGAAACAAAAAAGUCAGACGAGCGAAAAUCUCCAGAUGGGAGAGGAAGCUUUUCCUCAGAAAAAGACACAAACGAUGAAUUCAGUUAUGAGCGAAAGGAUUGACCAGCUUCUCCAGGGAAAGAAAAGUCCUGCAGUGGGAAAACUGUUGGCACGAUGGAUGUCGUCAACCAAUGGCUACAAAAAACAGUAA